AAUAAGAAAAAUUUAAAUAGUUUAUUGAAGUAUGAAAUAGCAUUAAGGAUUACUAUAGCAAUGUUAUUUUAUUUUAAAAUUACAAAUUAUAAUUUAUCUACGAAAAAAAUUUGACUUAUCUAGUUUAUAAGUUGGUGACCCUUUCGUACAUAUUAAUUAGUUGGUAAUACUUAAUCUCGUUCAAAUCCAAAAAUGGCAGCAGCCAUUGAGGAUUUUUCGAAUUGGUUAAGAGAAAAAUUGAAAGAAUUAAAUACAGAUGAAACAGUUUUUGGAUCUUAUAUACAAGGAAUACUCGAUAGCGAUGAUACUGCGGAAGAAAAAAGUGAUGCUGUACGAGGAAUACUUACAGAAAUUUUAGAAAACGAAAAAGAUAUAAUGAAAACCUGCACUGAAAUACUGGACCAGUGGCAAAAUCUUAAACCAAAAGAAGUAUGUACCAAACAGUUGUCUAGUGAGGACGUAAAUAUGAAACUUGCAAAACUAUUGGAAUCUCAAUCUCUAGCUACCACCAAACAGAAACAAUAUACAGCGGAAGAGAAGAAAAUUAGAGAAGCCAUUCUUUCCCAGUAUAGCGAAAUGACUGACGAAGAGGGAGAUGUUGAAGAACAUACAGCAAGUUUUGAUGAUGGGGCAUUGGAGAAAAAUACGAAUGCUCAAACUGUAGCUCAAGCUGAAAAACUCAAAAGAGAACAAGCUCGAUUGGAUAGCCAGAAAAAAAAAGAGAAAGAUAAAGAAGACAGAGAAAAGCAAAAGCAACUGAAAGAAGAAAAGAAAGAAAAGCGUAAAACUGUUAAGGGUGAAAGGAAAAGGUAGCAGAUGUCGGUAUGAAAACAUUAAAACGUAUUUUAUUGUGUAUUUUUUGAUAUAUUGUGAUUUUUGAUGAGUGCGUGGUUAAUUUUUUGCUGAUUUAAAUGAUAUUAAAACUGAAAAAAGUUUUUUUAUUACAUAAAUUUUGUUUUUACUUAGA